AGGAAAACAAUAAAUCCACAUGUGUACAUAAAUUCAUGACUUUCAUUUCAAGUUUCUAUAAGCUAUUAAUUAGAAUAUUGUUGCAAGCGCCGAUGCUAGUAAUACAUUAUAGUCUAUAAUUAAAGUGAAUCAUUCAAUGUCCACGCCAUAUAAACUAUGAUUUACGUAAGUGCAAGUAAAACGAUUUGCUGUGAUGUAAGCUGUAACAUCACCGAUGUUUCAUAGUUUCAUCACAUAAUUGGAAAUAUUAACUUCUCCAUGCAUGACUAGUGAUUAUUUGGUGCAUUGUCAGUGUUUAAAUAAAAUAACUGGAAUUUAAUGAUUAAAAAUGGGCGCAGUUGAAGAUUUGAACUCUGAAUACUCUGCACCAGUUGGGGAGAAGAAGAAUUUUGUACGGACAUUUCUGGAAGGGUAUCCGAAAUGGAAAGGUAUAUACUAACCCGAGGCGGUGUUCCUGACGAGUGUGGCGGGGAUGUCGGUGGUCUUUGGCUUUGGGGCGAGUGUGUCCAGGAGGAAGGAGGAGGCCUUUUCCGACAAAGGCUUUUCCGCACCUUCACACUCCCACAAGCUCGAAAGCGGAACGGCACUGGCGACUCGAGCGCUCAAGUGGGGAACCUUUUACGCCUUCACCGGAGUUGGACUCAUCUGCUUCACAAUUUGGAAACUUAUGGGGGUCAAUGAUGUAAUGUCCAUAUGUGCUUAUUUAUGGGUCUUAUAUGUAUGUGCUUUGCUCGUUAAGUUAAAGGAAUUUCGGCUGAAGGCUGGAGAAUUUCUUCCUCGAAUCCCCAAGAAUGAACCUAAAGGAAGAACAGAGUUUGCGAACUUGACUGACCUUCUGCAAUAUGUUAUUGAUGAGGACAAUCGUGCCAAAGCAGAAAAAAUGAAGGUUGUUCCGACAAUUGAUUUUGGCAACGUUGAUGAUUCUCAACCAGUUUCUAGUCCUAGUGGAGAUGGUAAUGUUAGCAAUUGCCAGAGGUAGACAAGACAAAGACUAGAUAUAUCAAAUAUAUAUAUAUAUGUAUGUACAGUCAACAGUAUAUGAAUAAACUCGGGUUAAAAACAAAACAAA